GUGUUUGAUAAUCAAUCAUUUUUUAUCAAUCAGUGAUAUUUACAAACAAAAAAAACUUUGUUGUCUGAAGAUCGACAUCGGUUUUUCAUCGUUAAUCAUCAUAGUGUUUUUUUUGGUGCUUCGAUCUUGCUCUGAGCAAAAAAACAAUUAAGAAAUUUUCGAUUUUUGCACGAAAUAACAAAGAUUUUUGUUUUUUUUUUGGUAAUGGAUUAUAAAGAUCGUAUAGAAGUAAAUCAAUUAAUCAAAGAUAAAAUUAAUGAACGUAUUACAAAACGUGAAACAUUAAAACAAGAAUUAAGACGUUUAAAUAAUUGUCGUGUACAGAUUGAAUGUCAAAUAAAUGAACAGCAUAAAAAUUUACAUUGUAUGGGCAUAAAAAUUGAUGAUCCAAUUUAUGAUAGUAAAUUAAAUGAAUUGGAUGAUUCAAUGCGUUUGAAAGCCAAUUCUUGUCGUGAUAGAAUAUAUGAUCUUCGUAAAGAACUUGAUGUCAUAUUAAAUGAUAUAAAAUCAACAUUUAUUGAAUAUAAUAAAUUAUUAUGAUUAUGGACAAUCCCGAUAAUGAUAAUGAUGAUGAUGAUGAUGAUGAUAAUGAUAAUAUCAAUCAACUAUUAUUUCCAUCCAGAUUAUGGUGCUUUUUUCUGUUUUCUUUACAUAAAAAACAUACACAAACACAAAAACAAAACAAAUGUGAUUACCGAAUUAUUCUUUUCUUCCUGUUCUUUAGGGAGAAAGAAAAACAAAACCAAGUUAAUUU